ACCCGGAGCCGUGCAUUCCUCUGGCACCAACACUCCACUGUUUUUAAAGCCGGGGCUGGGAGCUGGCAUUUACUUCGGCUCCCAAAUCAAAGGCAGCUAUUCAUUCCCGGGAGCUGCCUGGAUGUCCGUCUGCAUCCGGCCUCUUCAUUUAGAUGCCGUGCGCUGCCCGGGAGAGCCGGGCUGGGUGCAGCUGAGCUGCGGCCGCCCAGCCCAGCGCGGAGACUCUCUGCCCCCCUCCCCCUCCCCCCUCCUCCCCUCGUCCUCCUCCUCUCCCGGCUCCUCGCGCCCUCCCCACCCCAAGGGCUCCCGCUCCGUUUGCUGCAUUCCCGGAGCAGCUGGCGGCUGCGGGCUGCCGGCGUGCGGGCGAGCCUGCCCCUGCCAGGCUGAGCGGGCAGCGCCGGGGCCACCAGCGGAAGCGGCCAAAGAUGUGCCUGCUCAGGCCGCUCCCGUGCUGAGUCUGAGGCGAGCCCGCGAGCGCCUGGCCGCCAUGUCACAGACGCUGCACAUUGAGAUCCCCAACUUCGGGAACACCGUGCUCGGCUGCCUCAACGAGCAGCGCCUGCUGGGCCUCUACUGCGAUGUGUCCAUCGUGGUCAAGGGCCAGGCCUUCAAGGCCCACCGGGCCGUCCUGGCCGCCAGCAGCCUCUACUUCCGCGACCUGUUCAGCGGCAACAGCAAGAGCGCGUUCGAGCUGCCGGGCACAGUGCCGCCCGCCUGCUUCCAACAGAUCCUGUCCUUCUGCUACACGGGCAGGCUGACCAUGGCGGCCAGCGAGCAGCUCGUGGUCAUGUACACGGCCGGCUUCCUGCAGAUCCAGCACAUCGUGGAGCGUGGCACAGACCUCAUGUUCAAGGUGAGCUCGCCCCACUGCGACUCGCAGACCGCCAUGAUGGAGGACGCCAGCUCCGAGCCCCAGAGCCCCUGCAACCAGCUGCAGCCAGCCGCCCCCGCCCCCCCCUACGUCGUGUCCCCCUCCGUGCCCAUCCCGCUGCUGACCCGCGUGAAGCACGAAGCCACGGAGCUGCCGCCGGCCACCGGCCCGGGCCUGGCCCCCAAGCGCCCACUGGAGUCGGGGCCCCGGGAUGGCACAGCAGUGGCGGGCGCUGCAGUGGUGGCCGGCGCAGCCCCUCUCAAGCUGCCCCGGGUCUCCUACUACGGGGUGCCCAGCCUGGCCACCCUCAUCCCCAGCAUCCAGCAGGUGCCCUACUCCCAGGGGGAGCGGACCAGCCCGGGGGCCAGCAGCCUGCCCACCACCGACAGCCCCACCUCCUACCACAACGAGGAGGACGAGGAGGACGAUGAGGCCUACGACACCAUGGUGGAGGAGCAGUACGGCCACAUGUACAUCAAGGCCACCGGCAGCUACGCAGUGCAAGAGAAACCAGAGCCUGUGCCGCUGGAGAGUCGCUCCUGCGUCCUCAUCCGCAGAGACCUCGUGGCCCUGCCCGCCAGCCUCAUCAGCCAGAUCGGGUACCGCUGCCACCCCAAGCUCUACUCAGAGGGCGACCCCGGCGAGAAGCUGGAGCUGGUGGCAGGCUCCGGGGUCUACAUCACUCGCGGCCAGCUGAUGAACUGCCACCUCUGCGCGGGGGUGAAGCACAAGGUGCUCCUGCGGCGGCUCCUGGCCACCUUCUUUGACAGGAACACGCUGGCCAACAGCUGUGGUACAGGCAUCCGUUCCUCUACGAGUGACCCAAGCCGCAAGCCACUGGACAGCCGAGUCCUCAAUGCUGUGAAACUGUACUGUCAGAACUUCGCCCCCAGCUUCAAGGAGAGUGAGAUGAACGUGAUCGCCGCGGACAUGUGCACCAACGCCCGCCGUGUCCGCAAGCGCUGGCUGCCCAAGAUCAAGUCCAUGCUGCCCGACGGCGUGGACAUGUACCGCAGCGUCAUGGGCUCGGCCGCCAGCGCGCCCCUCGACCCCGAGUUCCCGCCCGCCACGGCGGCGCCGGUGUUCGAGCAGCGCCUCUACACCGAGCGCCGGGGCGAGGCCGCCACCAUCGUGGCUCUGAGAACUGACAACGUGAAUGUCGACCUGGGCGCCACCGCCAACCCUGCCUUUGAAGCUGGCGAGGAGGCCGACGGCGCCGGCUCCGUCAUCCAGGAGGUGGCAGCGCCCGAGACGCUGCCCCCCGAUGGUCAGAGCCCCCCGCAGCCCUUCGAGCAGGGCAGCGCCAGCUCCAGCCGGCCCCAGACGCCGGCAGCCAGGAGACAGGAAGGCGCCUAUGCAGGGACCUUGUAGAGGGCUCGUCAGGGACUGUGCUAGCUGCUUGCAUGCGUUACUAAUACAAACAAAUGUGAUCAAGCCACUUACCUACUGAACUGCUGUUGCCUGAAAAAAAUGUGAUUUUUAUUCUGCUUGUAUUUAAAAUCUAUGAAGGAAACAAACGCAUUCGUGACACUGUAAACUAUUAGGCCACUGGCGGCCUGGCUGCGAGAAAGACUCCAGGGCCCCUUUUGAUACCCUAGGUCAGUCUCCAAGUCGUAGCUCCCACUCCCUCUUCUUGGGGAGGGGGCGAGAGGCAGGCCACCAAGCCCUGGUGCCCAGCCCUGUUCGAGCCUCCCACCCUUCUUGCUCUCUGCCUGGACGAAGCCAGGGGCCUGUGGCGUGGGGGCAAGUGUCCUUACCUACCGGUGAGGACCCCCCCCCCCGCCACUCCACCCUCCCCACCACGGCCAGGGCUUGGCCCCCAGGGGCCAAACUCCUUGUUUUUCCUUCUUCCGAGAGACUCGGGGUCAGGCCUGCUGGGUCCGUGGUGUGUGUGGGGUGUGGGUGUGUGCGAGCGAGUGAGCGUGUGCGUCUGAGUGUGUGUGGGGAGCAGUGGUGACAGCGCAGGGAGGGGCUAGGGUGGUUGGCUGUGUCUGCUCUCCCGCCCCCACAGCUCACGGGCCCUCCGUCCGCCUGGGUCUCGCUGUCCUGUGGGGCGGGAGACCAUCACCCCAUUGCACCCACACCGUCCUCAGCCUGGUUGGGAUUUUGUUUUUGUUGAUUUGUUUUCGUCCUGAUUUAGAUCUAUUUCAUACAUGGUUUGGGAACUUUCAGACCCAAAGAGCAAAAAAUUGGGGAGGAUUGGAGGUCCCUGCCCUCAACCCACUGUGGCUGGGGGUAGGGUCAUCUGUAUACCAUGUCCCUCCACCCUGGGGCCAGGUCCCACUCACCUCCCACUGGGGACAGGCGGUCCCCAGAAAUGCAGCCAGGGUGUGUGGCAAGGUGGAGGCCACUCAGGCCAGCAGGGCAGGGCUGCUUGGUGGAGAGCAGGGGCCAGGCUGGGGCUGGGAGGGCCUUUCCAUCCUGUGCUCUGAGCCCUGGGGUACGUGCCAGAGGCUGUGGGUGGGUGGGUGGUGGGCACAGGCCUGAGGUGCGGCAGUUGGCAGGGGUACCCAGGGCAGCAGGUACAGAAGGUCUGCAAUGUGGUGGGGAGGAGCAGCAAGGAAGGGCCCGUAGAGUUUGGUGGUUGGUUUGAGGCUGGAAUGUUCCCUUUGAAGCUUAAUUGCUGGUUUUAGGGGGAGAGGGGCACAGGUUGUCCAAAGUGCUCAUGUAGCCACUGGCCCAGGGGCUCUGCGUCAGCGCUCAGGCAGGGCCAGAACACCCCCUCCGUCCCAGACUUACGGGAGCUCUUGUGCCUCUGUCCCCAGCGCUCUGCCCGUGUGUAUGCACAAGGCUGGGCGGGGGGGGGUGCUCAGCCCCAACCAGGACCCACAGGACACCCGGGAGUCCCCCAGCUGCAGAGCUGUGUGCCGGGUCCCACCGUGGGCAGCCUGGGGUGGGGGUGUCUGGCUCUUUGCCACUCCAGUUCCUCAUGCCUGCUGACCGCCACCCUUCCUGUGGGAGAGGCCCCCGGGGGGACCGGGGGAGGGGCUCCUUCCCAGACUGCAUGCAGCAUCCUGGGCGCCUCCAGCCAGGCCAAACACGUGCCUGCCCUCCAGAAAGAUCUAACAGCUUCUGGAAAGGGGUGGGAGGACCCUGGGUGGCAGGCAGGCAUGUGAAAGCCAAUCUCAGCCCCUCUCCUGAGCAGGGAAGUCCAAGCUCUGGUCUUGGGCCCAAAAGGGCUCCAGCUCCUGCUGGGGCUUCGAGUAACCACCUGGCCCCAAGCGGGCCUCUCUCUGCAUCUUCCUCCCCUGGCUGAGACUCUGGCCCACUAGGAACCAGGACCAAGUCCUCCUGGAAUUGGGAGGAGGCCACAAUCCCUGGCACCCUCGGGUGGCCACAGGGCAGUGGAGGUGACGGUGGGUGAGGUUGACCCCCACCCCUGUCCCCUCUGGAGUGUCCCUUUAUCUGCCCCUCUCCCCACCCCCCCAAAUUUGCACUUUAAUUUGAGCGUUCCUGGGGACCUUCAGGAGACAGGCCCUCCUGCCCUGGCUGUUGACAGAAGGGCUCUCUCUGUCUCCCUCUCUCUCCUCUGCUCUAAAGUGGGCAUGGCCCCCCGCGCGGGGCCGGGACGGGGAGGGGUGCCGCACAGAGGAGGCCUGACCGCUGCCCAGGCCAGCACAAAGUCCUGUGACCUCUGCCCCUUAAUUGUUUAUAAUCGCCGUCUGUUUUGUGUUCUGGGUAAGGAAGGCAAGAGCUAUAGGUGACACUUUAAUCAUUAAAUGUGAAUGGGUUCUGAGCUCUCCGUGCCCCGGGUGGGCCGGGCGAGCGUUUUGCACUAAGUGUGUCCCGCGGUGGACCUGGUCCGGAGCGUUCGCAGACGGGCAUGGCUAAUGAUUGUAUCUGUGGGGCGUCUGUCCGCGUCCUGAAUGUUCCGCGGGGCGGGCGGCGGCGGCCUGGGCUCGGAGGGGCCUUCCAGAGUGCCUUAGCAUCUUUUGAUCAUUUUUCCCAAGGAAAACCAAUUAAGAAAACCGGACCCUCCCCCUCCUCUGUUUACAAGACGACUAAUUCCUGUCCUGUCGGCGUGAUCCUGACACCCAGACCCUGAUGUUGGAGAGACGAGCCACUGAGUAUUUAUGACAUGUCUGCACCUUUAUUCCUAAGCUUGACUGUUAGCAAUACACAUAUACUACAUAGAGUCUAUUAUAGAGCUAAGUCAUAGCAGCGCCUUUUUGGGGAGGAGAGAGGGGACUGGAUGGCCUGGUAGCUGAUGUGGCCGCUGGCUGGAGCUGGCUGGAUCGGGCAGCUGCCCCUCCCCAACCCCCGCGGGAUGGGAGCUGCUGCAGGAGGCAGCUGGGGUGGAGUGCAAGAGGUCCCUCGGAAGGGACCGGGAUGUGACAGAUACUGUGAGCUCGGGUGGGGCCCACCCCCCGGCCUGCGUGCCUCGGUACUUGAACUCUGUCUUGUUUUCUGCACUGUGUCGGGCCUCGCCCAGAGUUUUCUGUGGUCGCAUAACUUUGCGUUGGAUUCUGUUGUCUUACCUUGCCCCUGAAUGUGGACUAGAGGCCGGGGGGAGAGACUCCAGGCGUGCAGCCUGCCGCCCCCGCCCGGUUGUCUGGGGCUGGGUGACUGUGGCCCGGUGGGGGCUUAGGAGCCUGGUGUACUUCUCCUGCGGGGACACUCAUUCUGUGUUUGUGUUCAGAGCUGGGAGGGCAGAGGUGUGGGCUGGGAGGGGCAGGGAGGCCCAAGCAGCCUGCCCCGGGCUCUGCGGGACGCUGGGGUGCCGGCCCUGAACGGCGGGAACGUUCUAGCACCGGCACAGUGCACCCCCCAACCAUUUACCCUUAGAUUCCCCUCAGACAACUUGGUUUUGUGGAAAUAACUUGCUGCGGUAGAAAAAGGCCGAUGGCCCGUUAACCAACUGAAAAGUCCAAGGAGCCUGUGUCUGCCUCUGCCAGCAGUGGAUCCUACACGCAGAAUCGAGAGUUCGUAGCCGUCUCGAGCUUUAGCUACUGUUUCAGAGUGUUGCUGCUGCCUAAAUCCGUCAUUUUGUCUGUCGCCAGCCGGCUCCGAGCGUUGCCUGCCGGAGACCCGAGGCCGUUAGGGCUUGGUACAAGACGUUUCUAACGUGGCAAAGGUUUGGGGGUUUUGUUUGUUUGUUUGUUUGUUGUAUUUCUCUGGAAAAAAAAGUGAACAGGAGAAUUAUACAGAAUCUAAAGCAUUCAGAUUGGACAAACCUGCUUGAAUUCUGAUCAGUCGCUUCGCUUCAUUGUUAGCGUUUUGCACAUGAUUGUAAUUUUUAUGUCAACAGAAGCCAAAACUUGCAAUACUAUUUUUAGCAGACAAAAAAAAGAACCAAGUAUAAAAUGUAUACAUAUUUUUGACUUGAACAUUUGGAUGGCACGGGGUGCAAACAGACCAUUCACCCUCUGCACGCAAUGUUUGGGAAAAGAGACUUUUCAAAGGAGCCGGUUGUAGAGUCUGCUGCGGGUUAGGUAGUACUGUAACUCACGACUGUUAAGAAACAAGGAAAUCAAAUAAACUGUUCCUGUAUACAGGCUGGUUUCACAUACCACUGACUUCGAUUUCAGCCACAGAAGACGCUAGCUUUUUUUUCGUUUUUUUUCUCUGACAAUGGGGGAAACCUUUGUUCUUCCUGUGUCCUCGGUCCCUGUGCUGCCACUCCGCAG